AUGUCUAGCCAGCCUCUCCUUCAAACCGCUCCGGGCAAGCGCAUCGCCCUCCCAACCCGCGUCGAGCCCAAAGUCUUCUUCGCCAACGAGCGUACCUUCCUCUCAUGGCUCAACUUCACCGUCAUCCUGGGCGGCCUCGCAGUUGGCCUUUUGAAUUUCGGCGACCGCAUCGGUCGGAUCUCCGCCGGCCUUUUCACCAUCAUCGCCAUGGCGGCGAUGAUCUAUGCCGUGGUGACAUUCCACUGGCGAGCACAGAGCAUCCGGCGUAGGGGGCAAAGCGGGUUCGAUGACCGCUUCGGUCCUACGAUUCUGGCCAUUGCGCUAUUGGCUGCUGUCAUUGUUAACUUUAUUCUGCGUAUGCAGGACACUCAGAGUAACUAG